UUACACUUAGUACAAUGCAGUCAGGCAAGUACCGUUCUCCUGGAAACCGUCAAACACAGACAAGUCCAUCGGAUUGCCAGACAGAGAAGCAUGAUUUGUCACUCCAGAGAACACGUCUCCAUUGCUCUAUAGAAUCCAGUGGCGGGGUGCUGAGUGGCUGUUGUACCCAGUUGCUUCCACUUUGUUAUAAUACCAAUCACAGUUAGCCGUGGAAUAUUUAGUAGCAAGGAAAUUUCACGGAUGGACUUAUUGCACAGGUGGCAACCUAUCACAGUACCACGCUUGAAUUCACUGAGCUCCUGAGAGCGACCCAUUCUUUCACAAAUGUUUGUAGAAGCAGUCUGCAUGCCUAG